GACGUUAGUUACUAAGUAGGUAGUGUCAGACUUUCAGUUUUAAAAAGCUCAAUACAGUACCCAAAAAAAUCUCAAAAAGCUCUCGUUUGCAAAAUGUUACCUCUCUGCAGCCCCAUCUCCUGCAACUUCUCUUCUCUUCCUUUCGGUAAUCCAAGACCCAAAACUCAACUACAAGCCACAGCCGCUCAAAACUCUAAUUUCAGAGUCUUACCAUUGCUUUCAAAAACAAAAACUUUUAGCACUUCCAAUCUUAUUAAACCCAACUUUUCUAAAACCAAAUUUAACAGAAAGGGUGUUCUUCAAGUAUGUUAUAGUGUCUUAGACUCGAAAGAUUCAGAUAAAGACCCAGUUUUGAAGAAUGCUAACAAUAGGAAAGAGGGAAGAGACUGGACAACCUCAAUUUUGCUUUUUAUAUUAUGGGGUGCUCUCAUUUACUACGUUUUCAAUCUUACUCCUAAUCAGACUCCGUCGACAGAUGAGUAUUUCUUGAAAAAGCUGCUUAAUUUGAAGGGAGAUGAUGGGUUUAAGAUGAAUGAAGUACUUGUUUCUUUAUGGAACAUUAUGGGCUUGUGGCCCUUAGUGUACAGUAUGCUUCUUCUUCCAACAGGCAGAAGCUCAGAAAGUAAAAUUCCAGUUUGGCCAUUCCUUGUACUUUCGUGCUUUGGUGGUGCAUAUGCUCUUCUUCCCUAUUUUGUUCUUUGGCGACCGCCGCCACCAUCUGUUGAAGAAAGUGAGCUUGGCAGAUGGCCUCUUAAUUUUCUGGAAUCAAAGUUGACUGCUGGGCAGAUAUCACUUGCUGCAGGACUUGGCUUAUUCAUUUAUGCAGGUAUAGCAAAUGGUGAUGUCUGGAAGGAAUUCUACCAGUACUUCAGGGAAAGCAAAUUUAUUCACAUCACAUCCCUUGAUUUCAUUUUACUAUCCGCUUUUGCUCCUUUCUGGGUGUACAAUGAUAUGACUGCUAGAAAAUGGUACGACAAAGGUUCUUGGCUUCUUCCCAUAUCACUGGUGCCAUUAUUGGGUCCUGCGCUGUAUUUGGUCCUACGGCCAUCACUAUCAGAAAUGCCUGUUUCACUCGAUCCAACAUCAUCUGAACAGAAGUAAUACUUGAUUUCUUAUUUCUCUACUCACUAGAAGGGAACAAACUUUUGCUACAUGAGCAGAGCAAAGAUUGAAUAGGAUUGCAAGCAGUUUGAAACAUUUAGCGCUUCGCUAUGCUCUCAAAAGUCACAUGUUGCCUUGAAGGCAUUUCUUGUACAAAGACAAAUGAUUUGCUAAAAAAUAUUUUCCAAGUUUUAAAAUUUUUUCCAAA